CUCGUGUCAUGAGAGGACAGAAGUGCCAGAUUUGGGUGAGAGAAGAUAAGAAGUCAUGUCCGCUCAAAGUGCAAAGAAAAAAAGAUUUGGUUCACGUCGCCGAGCAGCAAACCAAAAUGAAAUAUCUAAGGGUGAUGAGUUCCACACAACGGACAGCACCUUUGUAGCUCAAUACCACAUACCAGAAGAAAAUACUGAGUCAUUAAAUGAAGUUGCUAGUCCUGACAAUUCACAGUCUGAAACACAACCCCUACCUUCACCUGAACUCUCAGGGAACAGGAGAAAACUGGGAUCUAGUCGAAGAAAUAAAAGACAGCAUGUUAAGGACUCGGAGACUGAAUCGCACCACAACCCCAGAGAGGAAGUUGAGGAAAAGACCAGGGGAGAGGAAACCACUGAAACGAAACAAAUGUCACUUGUAAUACAACAUAAGAGGCAGGAAGAGUUAAGUCAGGGGGCUGUGGAUGAUAUGUCUGCAACGCAUGACGAGUCUUUGUAUUCAGCCGUUACACCUCAUCAUCCUUCUGAGGUUCAAAACUCUACAAUAAACUAUGCAGAGGCUGACCUGGAAAUUUUAACUCCCAAAAGUGAAAAUCUGCAAGUAGACCAAGAUGAAAAUGAGACCAACUCUAGGGUGGUUUCUGACUCUUGUAAAUUAGUGGAAUAUAUGCAGGAAGGAAAUGACAAAUCUGACACUCUUCACAGUGAGGACGUCAAAGAAAGUGAACAUCUUGUUGGCAUCUCUGAGUUAACUAGUUUAAGUGUACUUUCAUGCCCAACAGUAGAUCCUCAGCUGAUUGACCAAUUAAAUUCCAGGGAAAUGCCAGAAGAAAAAUUUCCAAAUAUGUAUUCUACAACAGAAAAAGACAGCAAUGAAAGAGACAACAACACAGAAUUGUUAAAGCAGCAUGGAAACUUACAGGGCAACUUCUUAGUGAGCGAGUCACAUGUAGAAUCAGUUGCUAUGCAGUUUUCUACCACACCAGUGAUAACCACAGAAAAAAUGAGAUCAAGAGAAAACACUGACACUGAAUGCAGUGUUUGGCAAGCAGCAAUUUCAACAGCAGAAGAGGUGUUACAUACAGAUGAGGAACAAAAUCGGCAUUUCGACUUAUCAGAAGUCAGAGGUGAUCAUCAGUCAGAAGAUGCUGAAAACAAAGUUCGUGAAGAAAAGAUUAAGCCAACAGAAAUACAUGAAAUCACAUCUGAAAUGUUGAUACAUGAUGCCACAGAAAAUCCUGAAAUCAUUUCUGAAAACCUGACAGACCAAACUGACAUGAGUGGCACACAGCAGUCUGAGUUCGUUGUGAAAAUCACAGAUGAUUGUCUCACCAGUAAUGAAAUUUCAAGUUCUGACAACCAACAGGAUGAGCAUCAUACAGAUGAAAGCAACGCUGAGGCUUUAGAGGAGAAAAAUGAGGAUUAUCAUGUAUAUCAUACCAAGAAACCACCAAUCAGCGACAUAGAAAGAGUAGACACUGCACUUGGUCAGGUAUAUGAGAUGGGAUGCAGAGUAGAGGAUGAUAUAAAACCCAGUGUUGAACAAACAGGUCAUCAGGAGAAGGAUAGACUUUUCUAUGAAAUGGAGGAGAGUGAGUCCCCCUUACAAACCCUGCAAUCAGAAAUAAAUUCUCCUUUUGAUUCCCAGCAUCAGCAAAAUGACACAGGCUUCAACCCCCUUGGGAACAGAAGAAAACUGGGGUCUAGUCGAAGAAAUAAAGGAAGACAACAUGUCAAGGACCCUGAUGCUGAAUCAAACCAAAAACCUACAGAGGAUGUUGACAUUUCAAAUCCUGAUGACAAACAAGAUGAGCGUCCUAUGGAGGAAAGCAACUUUGAGACUUUAGAGCAGAAUAAUGAGGAUUAUCAUGUUUAUGAUACCAAGAAAGCACCAAUCAGCGACAUAGAAAGAGUAGACACUGCGCAAGGAAAUUUCAAAUCCUGA